AUGAAAGCCGGCAAAUCUGCAAAGCGAUCCCACUGGUCGAAGUAUAACCCUGGCCGUCUGUCGUUGCGGAAUUGGGAACUCCGAGAGGAUUCUCAACUUACCAAUGCUUCACGGGAUACCAGAUUUGACUCCGAGAUAAUCCCAGACCUGCAGACAUUCAAGCCCGUGAGCUCCUCGCAGCGCAAUGUCUGGGCAUUUUGGAAUCGUGGGCUCGCCAAUUGCCCGCAAUGGUGCCAGAGAAAUGUCAUCACUUGGGUUCGGCGUCUCGGUCCGGCGUGGACGGUGCGGGUCCUUGACCUUGUCGAAGGUUCUCCGACACAUGCCCUGAAAUGCUUGCCCUCCUCUUUCCUCGCAGACGCGGUUAUUAACCAGAAAAUGACGGGUACACACGUUGGGCCACAUAGCGGUGAUCUUGUCCGACUUCCACUCGUUUACCUCUAUGGCGGAGUCUGGAUAGAUGUUGGAACAUUCCUGUUCAAAAGCCUUGACACCCUUCGCUGGAAUCUGUUAGAAGACCCGAACACGCCGUUUGAAAUGGCCGGUUAUGGCUUUCCGAUGGGCCCGGAGUCUUCGAUUUUCUACAACGGAUUUAUUGCCGGUCGAAAGGGCAGUUUAUGCAUUAAAUAUCGGCACGAUAUCUUUCUCGAGGUUUGGAAGGGAGUGACCAAUUGCGAUUCCAUGCGCAAUCAUCCAUUAUUAAAACACUUGCCGAAAUAUCAAGUACCCGCGCCGGAAGGGGAGAGGCCCAUCUUCACGUAUGAGGAAAUUGCAGAUUAUCUCGCUCAUAUUUUCUGCCUCGAGCGCCUUAGACGCCUCAAGGACCUUACUACUGGUUGGGAUGGGCCUGAAUUCUUCGAAAACAGGACCCUUAUCCUUGACGGGGUUAGGGAUGUCUAUUGGGCUUAGAUUCUGACUAACUGGGACGGCCGCAAGCAGUUCGAGCUGCUGUCAACAUUCCGAGAGGGUGCUUCUCCGGAUGAUGAACAGUAUCAAGAAGCAGAUGCGUUUGUCAAAAGUGUUCUAGAAAUGUGUUCGAUCCUGAAAGCAUCCCAUGGGCUUGUUGUGCAUGGGAGAGAGUACCUGGCUACGAUUUGGGAUCAGCCAGAGAACUGUGAUGCCGACCGCAAGCCAGGAACAUUCGCAGCGUAUCUACGAUGGGCAUCGGAGCAUUUUGAACAGUCCAACAAUGACCAUCGUCAAAGACGCCCUUCUUGUUGGAGGGAUCACCGACGGGAUAGGAGAGACACAUCCACACCGUGUUCUGGAUCUUUGAAUGCAUUAUAACCACUAGUACCCAGUUCAGGGGUAAGCUGUCUUGGGACGCUGGUCAUAGAAAGGCUAGCGCAAUUAGGAAAUGGGGAUGUUGACGUUAAUGGACGCUUCAUCAUGCUGAUUAUGUUUAACACGGCUUCAAGAAUGGAGUCUACACGCUUGCCCUUUGCAUCACUACAAGUAGCCUUUCUGGUGACUUCACACUCGCUACAAAUGAGAUCUCUCCUUUGAAUUUUUUUUUGCUGAGUGCCUGAGAUCAUAGCCCUGGGGACUAGAGGCUGCCUUGUUGUACCCGAGACUUUAGGUGUGUCCUUCUCGGAGCAACCUGGCGCUCGAAAACUCAUUCCUGAUGAAUGAUACGCUUUCGCUGCAAUAAAGGCAGUGAUUGCGAAUAUUGGUACCUUCCGGUAUAUGGCCUGAGGAGAAAAUGACACAUUUGUC